ACCAUAACCUCCAUUAGCGCCGUCGUAAUGGCUUCCCUACCAAAUUCUUCCCUUUUUCUCGUCGUCGCCGUCCUCAUCAUGUUAGGGAUUACGAAUGUUUGGGCCGGCGUUUUCACGCUGCACAACGGUUGCACGCAUACGGUGUGGCCCGGAACACUUUCCGGCAAAGGCGGAGCCAGCGGCUUCGCAUUGUCCCCCGGAGAAAGCAGACAGCUUCAAUUUUCGAGGGGCUGGUCGGGCCGGUUCUGGGCAAGUACGGGCUGCAAUUUCGACGCCAGCGGUAACGGCAGGUGCGUCACCGGCGACUGCGGCGGGCUCAGGUGCGCCGGCGGCGGCGUAACUCCCACGACUCUAGCCGAGUUCACCAUCGCCAACCGGAGCGCCGACAACGACUUCUACGACGUCAGCCUCGUCGACGGCUACAACGUCGACCUCGGCAUCCAGCCUUCCGGCGGCUCCGGCGACUGCCAGUACGCCGGCUGCGUCGCCGACCUCAAUUCCAACUGCCCCCAGCCCCUCCAGGUCACCGAUUCCGGCUCCGUCGUCGCCUGCAAGAGCGCCUGCGCCCGGUUCAACACCCCGGAAUAUUGUUGCACCGGCGACCACAACACGUCGGCAACAUGCCCGCCGACUCAGUAUUCCCAGAUUUUCAAGAAAGCAUGCCCUAAGGCGUACAGUUACGCGUACGAUGAUGUUACCAGCACUUUCACCUGCGCCGGCUCCGAUUAUUUGAUCACCUUCUGUCCAAGCAGCUGAUCAUAUCAAACCUUUAAAGAAACAACAAAUUAUCUGCAUCAUAGUGAAUGCAUAUCGUUUUACAACGUUUAAAUACUGUAAUAAUUACCACUUAUUAUUGUACCAUCUGCUCUUAAUUAAUGUAAUAAGUUUAAAGUAUUGAAUAAAUCUUUCUAUGUACUUGAUGAUUGAUACA